UGGAAUAAUUUCGUUCUAUAAAACCCGGAACACUCGACGAGUUGCUUCAUUUCGCAAACCGUACAGUAGUCACGCGCGCUUACAUUUGGCAAUCCUUCAACAUGAAAAUUUUGCUGUUUCUUGGUUUAUUGGCUUUUGCCAACGCGCAAUACGCUGAAGUGCGCCACAUUGCUUUAGAUGCUGUCGACAAACUCCGUGAAAUUUUGCCCGACUAUCAGAACGCGCAAGAUGUCACGAUCAACAAGCUAUACGAAUCAAAGCGAAAGGCCUUGGGCGAGCUGAACUCUUUCUACAAUCGAACGUUGGACCUGAAGGCGAACUCUCUGAAGACACUGAUGAACGCCGAACUGGACAUUCUCCGCUAUGGUGACAGUAUCGAGGUUUGGUGUUGGGAGAACAACAUUCCGAGCCUACAGGGUGACAUGGGCUGGGCGGGCAACAAGUACAGCGAAUGCAUCAAGAAGCUGGAUGACUCCAUCGAGAAGGACGUUGCUGAAAUCUAUGGACAAUUCGCCGAAAGUGAAGCUAAAAUACAAAAGUAUAAGCUGUUCGAGGUUUUCUUCAAGCCGAACAAUAUCAUCUCUAGGCCCGAAUCGAUGGCGGACACCAUCAGCAAAUUGAAGAUCGAUAUUACGAACGACAUCCCGCACUUUGAAGACAUCAUUAUCAGAUUCGUAGAUGAUCUACACGCUAAGCAGUUUGAGUACACGUGCUGUUUGAACGAUCUUCUGAAGGAAUUCAACAAUAGAAUGGAAAUUCUGAGAUCUCGUUCUGAAAUUUGCCUCAAGGCACAAUAGUAAUAAGAUGUGUUUCUUGAUGGUUUUUGGUGCAUACAAAGGUUAAUAAACGAUCAAAAUUAUUUCCAUAGCCCAAUAAAAAUGGUUGAUGACAUUCU